AAAUGAGUAAAGAAGAAGCUGAAAGUGUGGCUUUAAUGAGUAUAGUUUGAUCAUCCUCUUCAGGCGUAGUAGUCUCGAAACACUUAGGUAGGGUUUUACAGAGGAAGAAGAUGCCGAGGGAGAUAAUUACGCUUCAGGUUGGACAAUGUGGGAACCAGAUCGGUAUGGAGUUCUGGAAACAGCUUUGCCUUGAGCACGGCAUCAGCAAAGAUGGUAUUCUCGAGGACUUCGCUACUCAGGGAGGUGAUAGAAAAGAUGUGUUUUUUUACCAAGCGGAUGACCAACACUAUAUACCAAGAGCUCUCCUCAUUGAUUUGGAGCCUAGAGUUAUCAAUGGUAUUCAGAAUGGUGAAUACCGGAAUCUCUACAAUCAUGAAAAUAUCUUCCUUUCUGACCAUGGCGGUGGUGCUGGUAAUAACUGGGCCAGUGGAUAUCACCAAGGGAAAGGUGUUGAAGAGGAAAUCAUGGACAUGAUUGAUCGUGAAGCUGAUGGAAGUGACAGUCUGGAGGGUUUUGUUCUUUGCCACUCUAUUGCUGGAGGCACUGGCUCAGGAAUGGGAUCUUAUUUGUUGGAGACUUUGAAUGAUCGUUAUAGCAAGAAGUUGGUUCAGACAUACAGUGUAUUUCCCAAUCAGAUGGAAACGAGUGACGUUGUUGUCCAGCCCUACAACUCACUGUUGACGCUGAAGCGGCUUACGUUAAAUGCUGAUUGUGUUGUUGUUCUUGACAACACUGCAUUGAACAGAAUUGCUGUGGAGCGUCUACAUUUGACUAAUCCUACUUUUGCUCAGACCAAUUCUUUGGUGUCAACUGUGAUGUCUGCUAGCACAACAACGUUGCGUUAUCCUGGAUACAUGAAUAAUGACUUGGUUGGCUUGCUUGCAUCUUUGAUCCCAACUCCAAGGUGUCACUUCCUCAUGACUGGAUAUACACCGUUGACUGUUGAGCGCCAGGCAAAUGUUAUUCGUAAAACUACUGUGCUGGAUGUUAUGAGGAGACUUCUACAGACAAAAAAUAUCAUGGUUUCGUCUUAUGCUAGAAACAAAGAAGCUAGUCAGGCAAAGUACAUAUCAAUAUUGAAUAUAAUUCAAGGAGAAGUCGAUCCCACUCAGGUGCAUGAGAGUUUGCAGAGGAUACGAGAAAGAAAGCUUGUCAAUUUCAUAGACUGGGGACCAGCAAGCAUACAGGUUGCUCUUUCCAAGAAGUCCCCGUAUGUUCAAACUUCCCAUAGGGUCAGUGGUCUUAUGUUAGCAAGCCACACUAGUAUCAGGCACCUUUUCAGCAGAUGUUUGAGCCAAUAUGACAAAUUGAGGAAGAAGCAAGCUUUUCUUGACAAUUACCGAAAGUUUCCAAUGUUUGCUGACAAUGAUCUUUCAGAGUUUGAUGAAUCAAGGGACAUAAUUGAGAGUUUGGUAGACGAAUAUAAGGCCUGUGAGUCUCCAGAUUACAUCAAAUGGGGAAUGGAGGACCCUGGACAGCUUAUGACUGGUGAAGGCAAUGCUUCAGGAGUUGCGGAUCCUAAGUUAGCGUUCUGAACAAAAAAUAAAAACUCAAGAGUAAGUCAUAUGAUGUUUCACUUUUAACUGAGAUUUUCAGGUCAUGAUAGGUUUUCUUUGGUAGGAUCAGUAGUAGUAACGAUAAAGAGUGUUGGCAUUGUAAACCUUGAAUAGUAUUAUGAUGUGGAUGAGUUUCAAUCUAUGAGAUGAAUGUGUUUUUUUUGGGUACUUUCUAAGAUUAAGAGCACCUAAAAGUUGCAUAGCAGGAAUCUUGAAUUGUAUUAGUAACAUAUAUUCUUGGAAUCCUAUGCAUAUUGAAGUUACACCAAUGUAACAUCGUGGACCCCUCCUACCUUAAAGUUUGUAGCUGCGAGA